AUGGAGACUGUGGAGAAGGAUUAUAACAUUGGAGUUUCUAGGCAACAAAGCAAUACUCCAGAAUUGGGGAUUAUUGUGAAGAGUGAAGGAAGACCAAUCCAGGAACAACAACCAAAGUUCAAUGUGAUUUCAAUGAACAAUUGGGUCAUCCAGUGUUUCAAAGCUUUUGAGAAAGUUGUUCCUAAUAGUGAACACAGGUUUUGUGCAAGACAUCUGUUCACCAACUUCAUAUUACAAUUCAAAGGGAAAGCUUUGUUUGACAAAUUCUGGGGUGCUGCAAAAGCAACAACUAUUCCACAGUUUGCAAGACAGAUGGAAGAGCUGAAAAACCUUGAUAUGGAUGCUUAA